AUGGCCGAGCGAAGACCCCAUGUUUGUAUCGUCGGUGCUGGUAUUUCAGGUUUACGCUGCGCCGAAAAACUCCUGUCCAGUGGUUUCCAGGUGACAAUUUUAGAGGCACGUAACCGAAUCGGAGGCAGAAUUUGUCAAUCGGAUGCCUUGGGUUAUACCGUCGACCUUGGUCCCAACUGGAUCCACGCGUGGACCGACUCUGACGAGCCCCAUCCAAUUUUCAAGCUCGCCCAGGACACACAGACGCCAGUGCACUAUUGGAAUAACAAGCAACUCAUUUUUGACUCUGAAGGAAAUGCACUGCCUGCUGAACUUGGUGAACGGCUGUCGACUUUGCUGUGGGAGAUCAUUGAAGAUGCUUUCAACGUCAGUGAAGCGGCCCACAAAGCAGACGGGGGCAAGUCGAUUGACGCUGGGGACUCUCUAUACGACCAUGUUAAGCGGGAGGCCGCGCGACGCCUGGAGGAUCCAAACGAGCAAAAGUUGCUGAUCCAAAUGAGCGAGAUGUGGGGAGCUUAUGUUGGAGAGCCUGUUUGGAAGCAGAGCUUGCGUUUUGCUUGGAUGGAGGAAUGCUGUGGCGGUAUUGAAAUGUUUGUAGAGUCAAACUAUUCUCAGAUCCUUGAUCGCUGCUCGGCUCCUGCGAUGUCCAGUGCUGAAAUUCGCCUCAAUACGUAUGUUACGCAUAUCGACACACCAGGCGACCUAGUCACCGUUAUGACGGCAGAUGGAAACUGCCUUACUUUUGACCAAAUUGUUGUCUCAACGCCUCUUGGCUGGCUUAAGCGGAAUCUAGCAAGCUUUUCGCCCCCACUCCCACCAACAAUAUCCAGCGCCAUCACCAACCUUGGCCUGUCUCAACUAGAGAAAGUCUACAUCACCUUUAGCAGUGUGUUUUGGACCUCAAAUCCUCAAGCGGAUGUGUUUCCGUGCUAUGCCAACUGGCUGACGCCUGCGUAUGCGACAGAGACGAAUCCGAUUGGUUGGCCACAAGAAAUUUGGGAUCUUUCGACAUUCAAACCACCUAAUAAUCACCCGACGUUACUAUUCUAUCUUUACGGGGACUGUUCAAGGCAUAUCGUCGAUCUGGUUCAUGACAAGCCUGACGAUGAAAAAUACCGUCUUCUCGAUGACUUUUUCAGGCCCUAUUACUCUCGGCUUCCCGGGUUUGAGCCAAACAGCGCUGCUUGUCGACCUAUCCGCAUACUUGCAAGCGAAUGGGCACGCGACGAACUUAGUGGAGGGGCAAGCUACUGCAAUUUUCCAGUGGGUUCGCAGAGUGCGGAUCAGGACGUUCUUGCUUUCAGGGCUGGAUGUGAAGAGCGUCGAUUAUGGUUCUGUGGAGAGCAUGCAGCACCAUUUGACGAGUGCGGGACAGUCGCCGGGGCAUAUCUUAGCGGCCAGAAAGCAGCAGAGAAUAUAUUGACCUCGAUGAGCAGCAACUACCGACUCGGUGUCGACGUAGGUGGUACCUUUACCGAUGUUCUCUUGUUGAAGGUAGAUACCGGUCAAACAUGGCGCACAAAAAUAUCGAGCACUCCCGAAGACCAGUCACUUGGUGUCCGUGCCGGAAUUGACAAAGUUCUAAACCAAAUUCCUGACGGGUCGAAUAUUGUCCUUCAAGUCGUGAAUCAUGGAACUACAAUUGCUACCAAUGCCCUCUUGGAAGGUCAAGGAGCCAAGGUUAAUGCCACCUGCAUAAUUUUCGUCGUAUUCAUUGUUCAACUCCCCUUUCAGGUCGCUCUAGUUGUUACGGAAGGCUACCGCGAUAUUCUGCAAACCCGAAGGUCGCAAGUGCCUGGAGGCGAGUUGAAAGAAGUGCCUAACUUAGACCAAAUGGCUAAUAGUCAUGCCAAGGCCUCGCAGGCUCCCGGACGUAUUUCAACAGAAGGACAUCAAGUCCGUCCAUUCGAACCAGUGAUUUUCAGGGAACGAGUACGAGAACUCGCCAAACAGAAGCCAGAGGCCAUAACAGUUAGCUUGAUCAACUCGUUUGCUAAUCCUGUCCAGUAUGUUGCCUUGUCAUUGAUGGUUCCACAUCUUGCUCACUCAUUUAGUGAGCACGCUGCUCUUCAAAUAAUCUCCGAAAUUAUGCCCGAUGUACCCGUCUCUCUGAGCUCGGACGUUCUCCCUGAGGUAAUGGAAUACGAGCGUGCCGUGACGACGGUCUGCAAUAGCUAUCUGAAGCCUACUGUUGACACGUAUCUGCAUCAUUUACUUGCCAGCCUGCAAGGCAAGACCGAACAUCUCCGCAUCCUUCGCUCAGAUGGAGGCCUUAGUUCUGUGGCACUUGCGACUCGUUACCCGGUGACUCUUGCUCUCUCUGGGCCUGCUGGUGGAGUUUCUGGAGUCGUAACCUCAAUCGCUGCGCAAACCAAAUAUAAGAAUUUAAUUACCCUCGACAUGGGAGGAACCUCAACCGAUGUAGCUCUGAUUCAGAAUGCUACGCCACAGCUCCGUCGAGAAACCCACAUUGCCGAUAUUGUCGUCGUUCGGAGUCCUUGUGUUGAUGUUCGUACGGUCGGUGCUGGAGGAGGAAGUAUAGCACAUGUCCCAAAGGUCACCAAAUCUCUGCGUGUGGGUCCAGAAAGCGCUGGAGCCGUCCCAGGUCUGCAUCUCGCCACCAACCUCUCACCAUUCACAAAUGGUUCAGGUCCUGCUUGUUAUGGAAAGGGCGGUCCUGCGACUGUGAGCGAUGCUAAUGCGGUCCUUGGAUUCCUCCCAGAGUUUCUUCUAGGAGGUUCAUUCAGACUUGAUCUCGAUGCAGCACGCUCUGCUGUUCAAAAAACGGCCGACGAUUUGGGAUUGAGUUUAUUUGAAGCAGCCGCAGGCAUUGUUCGCAUUGCUAACGAAACUAUGCUCGGUGCUCUACGCCUUGUUUCUAUCGAACAAGGUUACGAUCCUCGAGACUUCAGUCUCGUUGCCUUUGGAGGCGCCGGUCCUUUGCAUGCCAACGCUUUGGGCGUACUCCUACAUACGUUUCCUGUUAUUAUCCCUCCUUCCCCAGGUGUUCUGUGUGCGUGGGGAGAUGCGACUACGCGGCUGCGACACGAGGAAUCACGCACAUUUAUUCGCAACCUGAGUGUAACUGAGUCAGAGGAAAUUCUGACGGGCUAUGCUGAGCUAUUGGUCAAAGCGCAAAGCAUCAUGCUUGAGGAACAGGGUGUCUCUAAUGACUCUCAGGUUUGCAAGUAUCAAGCGGAUCUGCGUUACCUCGGCCAAGCUAUCACAAUUCCUGUCGAUGUACAACCCGCACAAAUCAAGGACAACGCUAUUUGCCAUCUAACUAGUCUUUUUGAAUUCGCCCAUGAACAGGCAUUUACAUUCAAACUUUCGAGCCCCAUCGAGCUAAUCAACCUGCGAAUCAUUGUUGAAGAGACACUGCCUGACUUUCGCCUCCAACCAUUAGAGAGGGCUGAAACCAUUGAACCGUCAGAGUCUUUGAUUGUGACAAGAACAACUCUUAUAUGCUCCGGCAUCCAUUACCACGAUAGCCCUAUUUGGAUGCGUACCCUGUUGAAAUGGGGGCAUAUAGUGCAUGGUACAGCGAGUAACGUCCUUGCAUUAUCACUGAAAUGGACAGCAAUACAUUGUUCGAUUCCUUCACCUUACCGUCUCUCUCGAUUCACUUUCAAUAGAGUGUUGCCCGGUUACAAAGCCGAAGUUGACGAAGUCGGCAACUUACUGAUCUGGGAGUCGUCUGAGGCAUCUCAGGCCAAAAAUGAUUCGGAAGACGACGCUGAACUGGACACAGUGAUGGUCGAUAUUUUCGAGUCUGCGCUGAGAAACGCGCGAAAUGAGAUGGAUACGGUGAUGAUACGCGCUUCUAUGUCGCCCGCUAUUCGUGAGCAAGUCGAUGAAUUCAAUGUUAUCGCUGAACCCGGUGGUAAAAUGAUCGUGGGACAAUUUGGAAGUUUCAUUGGCCAGUUUUUGGAGCGCUGGAAAGGCCCAAUUGAAGAGGGGGACAUAUUUCUUGUGAAUGACCCGUACUCAGUGGGCGGAAGCAUAUCUCAUCUCAACGAUUGGCUUAUCGUUCUCCCCGUCUACUCAGAGGAUAGCAAACUUAUUGCUUGGUGCUCUAACUUUGGCCAUAUGACAGACACAGGCCAGUUACUCGUUUUGCGCCACGCGAAAUACCUUACUCAAACUGACACAGGUGGCUCAGUGCCAGGAUCGCUGCCAACCGGGGCCAUGAGUGUGUUCGAGGAAGGACUGCAAAUCCCCAUCACCAAAAUAUGUAGCCGUGGAGUUUGGAACGAGCAACUUAUGGAGCUCAUUUACCGUAAUGUUCGCCUUCCGGAGUGGAAUCGAUGUGACACCGCUGCUCUUGUCGCUGCCUGUACGCUAGCUGGGCGACGGAUGAAGCAACUUUACGAGCGAUUCGGCGAUGCCAACUAUUUUGCAAUAAUCAGUGAAUUACUCGAGCGGAAUCGCAGAGCUAUAGGCACGCUUAUCCAACACGUGAUACCAGAUGAAGAUGUCUAUUUCUUCGACUACAUCGAUGACGACGGCCGUGGUACUGGCCCUUGGAAAGUCGCAUGCACCAUGUACAAGCAGGACGGGAUUCUCAACUUUGACUUUACCGGAACCGACCCCCAGAGUCCUUCCUCCAUCAAUUAUGUGCUUAGUCAUAACAUGUUCAAAAUGUUUGUUGGCAUUUACUUAAUCACCGUGUAUGACCCCCCCUGCGUUGUGAACGACGGUUUCCACGAUCUUAUCAAAAUUCACAUUCCCGAAGGCACUCUCUUGAAUCCAGUCCGACCUGCGGCAUUAUCUACGCGAACCCAUCUCUUGGGCCGAGUUAUGGACUUGCUUUCCGGUCUUCUCGGGCAGAAAAAUCCUCAAUAUUUGACUGCCGGAGGGUUCUCCGAUUCGCCCCAUUUUAUGUAUUCCGGUUAUCGCGAAAACGGGCGAUGGUUCCAGCUUUACCAAAUCGGAUUCGGUGGUGUCCCUGCGAGACCCCACGGCGAUGGAAUGGAUGGUACCUCUCUCUGGCCAGCCAUGAAAUCAGUCCCAAACGAGUUUCUCGAAUUAUAUUUCCCUCUUCGGAUUGAAGAAUACUGCACAGUGACAGACUCUGGCGGCGCUGGCCUCUUUCGUGGCGGAAACGGGCAAAGAAUAUGCUAUCGCUUCCUUGAACCUGGCGAAAUAUCAUUGCACGAUGAUCGCUGGUUGCUCAAGCCUUUUGGAGUUAUGGGAGGAGAGCCAGGAGGAAGGUCGUCCAAAGUUUUGGUUCAUUACAGCUCUGGACGAAGAGAGAUUCUUCCCAGUAAACAAGACCACAUCAAGGUAGAGCAAGGCGACGUUUUGGAAUGGCAGACAUGGGGAGGCGGAGGGUACGGUGACCCCUUGUUACGCGAUGCAAAAUUAGUUGCGCUGGAGGUUCACCGUGGCCUGGUGUCUUUUGAAGGAGCCAAGCGCUAUGGCGUUGUCGUAUUGCCUGACUUUUCAGUUGACGAUGCCGCGACCAAUUGUCUGCGAUCACAGAUGGCUGGCACUAGGCAAAGCAACCGGCUGGAUGUGUUCAAUCGAGGAGGAACCGUUGCUGAAUUGUGUUCAAAGGCAUUUGAAGAGACAGGCCUUCAUAGGCCGAGACCAGUGGGGGAAGUGCCUCUUCGCGGUCCCAUGACUGGAUUACCCCACAUACGCGCUUGGAUGAAGGCUCAUGGUCAGAUCAAGUAA